GACAUGUUUUCCCGUCUUCGCAAGCGUUUUGGGAGGGUGAACGUCGAUUGUGGAGAGACUAGAGUGAAGAAGUCUGGCCUUUCGUCUCAAAGUAAUGAUGGACAAAGACAGCACUUCUGGGGAAUGUUGAACGCUGGGAGAGAAACAUCAUCCCCUGGCACUGCCCUAAGCGAGAAGCAGGCCAAGAAGGAAAAGGAGAGGCUGAUUAAAGAGCUGCAGCUCAUUACCGAGGAGAGAAAUGACCUGAGAGAUCGCCUGAGGUUUCUGACAGAGAGAUCCAUGAAGAACAGGCCACACUUCAGGCCAAAUCCAUAUUAUGAAGACCUGGAGAGAAUGGAGGAGGCGGUCAUGUCAAUUCUGCACAACUUAGAGAUGGAGAACACUGAGUUCCAUGAGAACAACCAUAAGCUGAAGAAGGAGAUUACCUUCUCUAGAAACCUGCUCAGCCAGCUCCUGAUGGACAACACAUGUAGGAAGAAGUUGUUCCCACUGAAGCAGGAGAGCAAGGAGGUACAUCUUGACUGUGCACUGAACCAGAAAUAUUUGGUUGACUUCAACAAGAAAGAUAAAGACCAACAACGUCCAGACCCAGCAUCAUCUGGUCUCAGAAAGUGCAAGAGAGCUGGAAUUGGACACACAGCAGUAAGAGAGCUUCCUGAAGAAUAAGUUGCUUUCUCAGGAGUCCCUGAUGACAAACAUCCUGAAUGGUAACAAAUUUUUUUGGAUGAGUAUUCUUCCUCAGAGUUAAUUUGUCAUUGCUUAGAGACCCUAAAUUUAUAUAACACUA